GAAAAUCUAUACACAUGACAACAAGAAAAAAUAGAAUCAUUAACCGAAUUAUAUAUCUUCCACUUCCAGAAUUCGAGCAAUAUAUAAGUGCACGUUCAGGCGAAGAGUUGAAUUAAAAAUAUACACUCUUUCAAUUAACAAAAUUGCGCAAACACUUCUACCAGUAUGGUGAAGUUCACAAUAAACAAAAUUCCCAAUGAAAUCAGCCUCAGGAUUUUUGUGGUUCUAUUUCAUCUGUUGUUCUUUCUGCAGGUUAACUCAUACUACGAGCCCACUGAAAAUUUUGCUGUCAACUGCGGCUACACCGGCAGCAAUAUUCUCUCCGACAAUCGGACCUGGGUUGGCGACGUUGAUUCCAAUGUAUUUUCUAUCAUUGAACCACAAACUGGGCAAGGUCUUCCACCAUCUUUCGAGGCCAAUGCUACCUCUUUUACAGCUGGGUCAGUUCCAUUUAGCUCCGCACGCCUCUCUCACUCCAUAUUCAUCUACUCUUUUCCAGUAGUUCAAGGCCCAAAAUUCGUUCGGCUUUACUUUUAUCCAACAUCGUAUGGUAACUUUGAAGCCCACAAGUCCCUCUUUUCUGUCAAAGUUGGCAACUUCACCCUUCUCAAAGACUUCAAUGCCUCACGGGUUGAAAAGGAUGAGCAAAUUACAAGAGAAUACUGUAUCUACGUAGAACCAGGUGAGAGACUAAACGUAACUUUCGUUCCUAGCAUGAACCACUCCGAUUCUUACGCUUUUAUCAACGGGAUCGAGGUCGUGUCUAUGCCUCCUUCCCUUUAUUACCGUUAUCCCAAUGUCUCGUUAAAGCUCGUGGGUACGGGUGAUCAGAUAAUCGCAUACCCAAUUGACAAUUAUAAAGCUCUGGAGACACUUUACAGAGUAAAUGUUGGUGAGACUCAGGUUCCACCAAGAAAUGAUACCGGUAUGUUCCGUCAUUGGAACUACGAUCGUCCCUACUUGGUGAAGGAAUAUCCACAGAGUAUUCAAUUUAACUUUACAACUCCACCACACUAUAAAAAUGAUGUGGCUCCAGAUUACACCGCACCGGCCGCUGUAUACUUAACAGCUCGAAGCUACGGGAAGGAUGCGACCGAGGAUUACAAUGUAACUUGGGAGUUCAUAGUGAACUCAGAGUUCACUCACAUGAUCAGGUUGCAUUUCUGCGAGUUUAGCCCCAAGAUCCAGCAAGAGAGCGAUAGAGCUUUCCAGAUUUUUAUAGCUGAUAAUUUGGUUGAAAAAUACGCCGAUGUGAUAAGCCUGAGUGGCGGCAACCUAAUUCCUGUUUACAGGGAUUAUGCUGUGAUGAUGCCUAGACAAGGAAGCUCUAAGAAACUCAAUCUUUCAAUCAAGCUGCAGCGACUGCCCAAGGUCAUGUUCACCAGAUACCAUGAUGUCAUAUUGAAUGGCAUCGAAAUUUUCAAAAUAAGUGACGAAAAUAACAAUCUUGCUGAACCCAAUUCCGAUCCUCCUACACAACAAAUAUUGCAAACUCAAACUUCCAAACACAAAAAACCCAUCAUCGUGAUCAUAACUGUUGCCGCAGUUUCAGGUCUCGUGCUAGCAUCUAUUAUUGGCAUCAUAGGUUUUCGGCGAAGGAGAAGAGCUCAUGACACGAAAGAAAACUCCCGGAUGACAAAGACUGAAGGGUCAUCUCUUCCAUCCCAUUUGUGCCGAUACUUCACCCUCGCAGAGAUCAGAGCAGCCACAAACAACUUGGACGAUGUUUUCAUCGUCGGGGUUGGGGGGUUCGGCAACGUGUACAAGGGUCUCAUCGAUGGGGACACACCCGUUGCGAUCAAACGCCUCAAACCGGGUUCCCAACAAGGUGCCAACGAGUUCAAGAACGAGAUCGAGAUGCUCUCCCAGCUUCGCCACCAUAAUUUGGUGUCCCUCAUCGGUUACUGCAACGACGAUGCUGAGAUGAUCCUCGUCUAUGACUUCAUGCCACGCGGCACUCUCCGCGAGUAUCUCUACGGCGCUGAUAACCAACCCCUUUCGUGGAAGCAGAGGCUGGAGAUCCUAUUGGGUGCAGCGAGAGGGCUGCAAUAUCUGCAUGCAGGUGUGAAGCACAAUAUCAUUCACCGUGACGUGAAGAGCACCAACAUCUUGCUGGAUGAGAAAUGGAGAGCUAAGGUUUCGGACUUCGGGUUAUCCAAGGUGGGACCAACGGGGAUGUCGACCACCCACGUAAGCACGAUCGUGAAAGGUAGCCUUGGGUAUUUGGACCCCGAAUACUACAAGCGUCAAAGGUUGACUCUCAAAUCUGACGUGUACUCAUUCGGUGUGGUACUUCUGGAGGUUCUUUGUGCGAGACCACCCCUGCUUCGUACCAUGGACAAGCAGAAGGCAAGUUUGGUUGAUUGGUUUCGGACAUGUUAUGAUCGUGGAGACGUUAAUCAGACGGUGGAUCCAUUUCUACAGGGUUCUAUUUCAUCAGAGUGUAAGAAAUGUUACUGCCAGACGGCGUUGGGUUGUUUGCAUGAUGAUGGGAAUCAACGACCCUCAAUGAGUGAUGUUGUUGGGGCAUUGGAGUUUGCAAUGCAAUUGGUGGAGAGUGAGGAAAACAACGACUUCGUUGGGACCCAAUAUGGGGGAAAGACAGAAGAAAGACCACUGGGGACACAGUGUGUUAUGAGUGAUGAAGGAAGCGAUGUGCGUUUCACCAGUAGUGACACUGAUGAAUACGGGUCUAAGAGCAGCAAGGUGACCACACACUCUGCCAGUACUGAGGAACAACCUUUCGUUUCUGCUACGGUGUUCUCUGAGAUUGGGAAUCCAAGACCUCGCUAGAAGCCAUGCCCAAGUUUCAAACUUUUUAUUUAGCUAUGAAUAAGUGAAAAACAAUGUUGUAGGUGCCAUUCAGCUUCUCAAAACUUUGAGAAAACAUUAAAAGUAAAAAAGAAGUUCAAUUUAUUUUUAAUCUAAAUAAAUUGAAGUAUUUUAUAAAUAUCA